GUUAAUAAAACCCCUAAAUUUCUACAGUUGUACUCAACUGUUGAUCAAAAUAAGGAAAUUAACCUACCUAUUUCCACUCCACAGUUGGCACAACUGUUGAACCAAGUGUUAAAAAAAAAUUAAAUAAAAAGUUUUAUCCACGGGUUUGUUGAAUGUAGAAGAUAAACCACAUCUUUUAUCUACGGUUGUCAGUGUUGAAAAUUAGAAAAACGGAAUUUAUAUAAAGAUACAGAACAAAUCAAAGUUUAGCUCAAAUCUCUCUCACUCAAAACUUAGAAAUUUCAAAGCCAAUUUCAUAGCUCUCAAUCAUGGAAAUUUCGAAGCUCUAGGUCAUGGCAAUCGCAUAGCUAUUGUUCUCUCAACGCGGUGGCUCUGUCUCAUCGUCACUCACAAUGUCGAAGUCGAAGUCUUCCAUCAACUCCACUACUCUUCGCCUGCCUCAUCUAAUCUCCCCCAAUUUUCUAGGGUUUCAAGCUCAAUCACCACUACGACACGAAGAUCAUUUUGCUUGAUUCGUCUCGAAUAUCAGUUGCAUUGUUCUCUAAGAUACAAAAACUCUUCAAAGCUUUUUGUACCAUACGCCUAUGCUUAUGGUUUUCAUUAAACUGCUUAUGCUUAAACUCUUCAUGGUCUUCAAAUUGGUGCAUUGGGGUUUGAUUGGUCUAAUGUUUCCGCUUACCUUGGGAGCCCAUUGGCCAGUCCGUGGUUUGCUACAGCCAAUGUUGCUGUUGGUUUUGCACUUUUCAUGUAUGUCAUUACCCCUAUAGCAUAUUGGCUCAAUAUCUACGAGACCAAGACGUUUCCUAUAUUCUCAGAUGGGCUAUUCACGUCUACUGGCCAAAAAUAUAAUGUUUCAGCUAUAAUAGACCCCAACUUCAGCUUUAACAAUGAGGCAUAUGACCGUAAAGGCCCUCUCUAUAUGAGCACCUUCUUUGCUAUAACUUAUGGUUUUAAUUUUACCUGCCUUGCUGCAACUAUUGUUCAUGUGCUCCUCUUCCAUGGAAGUGAAAAUGGCAGCCAAGCAAGUCUGCCCUCCAAGAGAAGAAGAUGGAUGUGCACACAAAGCUCAUGAGAAAAUAUAAGCAAGUUCCUCAAUGGUGGUUUAUGUGCCUACUUGUGGUUAACAUUGUGGCAACCAUAUUUUCCUGCCAGUACUACAUUGAUCAACUUCAAUUACCAUGGUGGGGCAUCUUGCUAGCAUGCAGUCUUGCCUUAUUUUUCACUCUUCCUGUUGGAGUCAUCACUGCCACAACAAAUCAGAUGCCAACCUUAAAUGUAAUCACCGAGUAUAUUAUUGGGUAUUUGUAUCCAGGAUAUCCUGUUGCCAACAUAUGCUUCAAAGUUUAUGGCUACAAAAGUAUGAAACAGGAGAUCACCUUUUUGCAAGACUGCAAGCUUGGUCAUUACAUGAAGAUUCCUCCAAGAGCAAUAUUCGUGGCACAGGUGGCAGGUACCAUAGUAGCAGCACCUGUGCAUUUGGCAACAGCAUGGUGGCUAAUGGACACAAUUCCAAACAUAUGUGACAGGGCAUUGCUUCCAACAGGCAGCCCAUGUACUUGCCCUGGUGAUCAUGUCUUCCACAGUAAGGAGUCUUCUUCUUCAAAAGACUCCUUACUGUAUUUAUGUAUAUUCUUUUCUUUUUUUUCUAUGUGGCCUAAGAAUGAAUUUGAUUGAUUUAUUUAUUUAUUUUAAAGAAAAUACUUAUUUCAACGUUUACAAACUGUUGAAAUUUAUCUCAAAAUACCCUUUAUCGAC